AUGUAUAAAAAACAUUCGACAGAAAAAUUAGUUAGAAAAAAUGCCUCUCCAACCAAUGAAAAAGAGAAUAACUCCUAUGCUAGGAAAUAUAGUAGAAAACUUUUGAGUAGAUAAAGCAAUCACGAUGAAUAGGAAAAUAUCAAAGAAAAUAUAUUAACAACUUAUAACUCCAAUACCAAUUCAAUAAAUUAAUUUGAAAGUGUUGCUCAUCUCUAACAAAUUAUUUAAUAAUAGAAACGAUAAAUUUAAAAUUUUAAAAUGGGCUGUCCUAGAUGUUUAACAAAACAAAAUACAGAUCUAGAAUUGAGAAAUAAAAUUUUAGUUUAAAACAACUAGAUCUUGUCUUUAUUGUCUAAGGAAACUCAAGAAUCAGAUUAUACGGAACUAUAUAGGAUUAAUUAGAUGUUGCAAUAAUAAAAUGAAGAACUAAAAUAGAAUAAUGAAAUUUUGAUAUAAAAUCAAUAGGAAAUAUUAUAAGAGAAUAUGUUCUUAAAAAAUUUAUUUGCCGAAACCAGCAACAAUGCUAAUGCCAAAGAAAAUUCUAGCCAAUUAUUUAGCCUCUCAUAAUCAUAAGGAAGAUUUUCCUCAAUUUUGUAGUUAAACUCAUAAGUUCAAUCUCCAUCACAUACGAAAUAGCCUCAAGAUAAACUAUUUAACUUAUUAAAAUGA